UAACCCUCAUUCAAAAAUGUCCAGUUUUGACUCCAAUUCAAAAACUCUAGACGAAUUAGAACAGGAGUUACAAGCAUUCGCAGUUCAACGUCAUCUUAAGGAUAAACAAACAACCCUAACCUACGGUUCGUACGGAGGACUGACUGCAAUCAUCAUCUGCAUCAUACUGUAUUUAUGCAGAAAACCAAUCUCAAAUGGGGCCUAUACUAUCUCAACAGUCGUUAGGCCAAAACAAAAACAACCAAAAAUUGGAUCUAAUUUUCGGACCGAAUUAAAUGAAACCUAUUCAUCGCCACAAAAUCCUAGAGGUUGCAAUCCAACAUCCUUGCAGGACCAUGUCAAUAUUGAAGUUCGGAAUUCAACCUCAUACAACUCUAAACCAAAUCAGGAACCUUCAACAUCAAUGAUGGACGUGGGGUCAAAGCACUACAAGCAUCAGAAGAUACUGAAACAAUUAUGCCAUCAGCAGCCCAGCGAAUAAAAGUCGUGCUGCCACCUCAAAAACUACAACCAGCGUAACUUGCUUAAAAUACUAACCAUGCGAAUAGUUAAAAGAAAUUUUUAUAUAUAUAUAUCCUCGCUAAGGAAUUGACUGACUA